CGCAAUAGACUUGAAAAGAAAUAUAUAUACUAUAUAUUAUAUAGGAAUAAAUUCAAUGGCCAAAUAAAAGCACAUCAACCUACCCACAUUUAUAAACUUUAUGAUAUGAUCACAUAUUUGUUCAUUAAAUCCUCUUUGAACUAGCUCAUCAAUUUAAAAUUCUAAAUAUAAAUUCUUAACGUACAUUAUAUGUAUUCUGUGCGGUGAAAAUAUUGAAGUGGAAGUCAUUCAACUGGAAAUGAAGAUACAAAAUAAAACAGAACAACAUCAUACAACUCUAAACAAAAAAGUAAAGCGAAUGCCUUAAGCCUCAAUGGUAACUAUAUGUAGCUUGCUUUAAAAAAGUUCUCUUUCUUUCAUCGUGUUUUCUACUGAAACGAAGGUCUUGGCAAUGUGUGAUAUUUUUUUGUGUGUCAUUUAAAACGAGUAUCUUCAGCCUGCAUGUUUUCCGGCAGCAUUUGAGUUUGGAUAGAGUGUGUGUUUUUUGUUCUUGUUUUUUGUUGUUUAUUUAAAAAAAAGAGACGUAUACUAAAUAAUCAUAAACAUAAUGAAAAUGCUUUCGUAUGUACUUUUUUUUACGAUUAUAUUUAGUUAUCACUUAACGCCUACAAAAGCUUCCUGCCUUGGCUGUGUCGAUCUUGAUUAUAUUACUUUCAACAAAUUAAUUUCAAAGUAUCCUUAUGCAUUGGUGAAAUUUGAUACUGCGUUUCCUUAUGGCGAUAAACACGAGACUUUUGGAAAGUUUUCAACUGAAGUCCAUCAACUGACAAAUGAUCUACUUUUAGGCCUAGUUGGUAUCAAAGACUAUGGCGAGAAAGAAAACAGUGAUUUGGCAGCAAAAUACAACGUUAAUUCAGAGGCAUAUCCGGUUAUACUUCUUUUUCGUGGUAACUCAGUGGAUGAUUAUGUGAAAUUUCCAUAUCGUUUAGAUGUUACAGUGGAGAACCUUAAGGAAUUCGUGACCAAUAACUCAAACAUUUAUAUUGGGUUAGCUGGAUGUGUAAAGGAGUUUAAUGAUUUUGUAAUCGGGUUCCCACAAAAAGACCCUGAUGAGCAGCAAGAACUGAUUAUAAAGUCAUCGGAUAUUCUUAAAAAAUUGCAAAUGGGGGAACAGAAAGCAAGUGCCAAAGUUUACAUAGUAUUUAUGAAACUUAUCCGUGAAAAAGGAGAACAAUUUGUUGAUGAAGAAACCGUUCGUCUGACAAAGCUAAAAAAUAGUAAAGUUAGUGAUACUAAGAAACUAGAGUUAUCGCAUAAGUUGAAUAUAUUGCAAGCUUUCAAGAGCAAAUCAAAUAAAAUAAAAAGUGAGCUGUAGAAAAUUCAAGAAAACAAAUGUUUUAUUUCUUUCGUUCGAGCAAUUGUCUAAAUAACUUUAAAAAUGCUUUUAUUGUUCUUAUCAGUUGUCACAAAUAGGUAGAUACAACGAAAACAAGCUAUUGUCAAACUACCAAACCAAAAUAUUCCAAAUUUGGGUAAAGUCGGGGUAUAUGGCACCCAUUUUCGUUUUUCGUUAUUACUUGUAGUAGGUACAGGUAAAAUAGUACCUACAUAAAAUCAACAAUAAAAAAAAAAAAUUGUUACAAUCAUGAAACUUGGUAAAAAGUUUGCUUUUGGGAUAAGAUAUAAGAACCAA